GUCCGAUGGUGGGCGGUCCGCGUCGGUGCAGCAUCUCUCUUUGUUUCUCUCUCCCACAUUUGUGCCAGACGAUUGGACGGCCAUGUGCGGUAACCUAGCAACCCCUAGAUAUCUCCCAGCAUUCCUCUGAGUUAUCUCCCGUGUGUCCCGGCAGACCUACAGAGCAAAAGAAACUCCCCCUCCGCCCGCAGGAGGCUGCGUUCGCUGUCUGCACCCACGGUAGGACAGCGGGCCGUCUUCGAGGAUUUCGUUUCCAGGUUCAUCACCUGCCCGCAUCAUCGCUUAGCAACGACACAACGUGAGUCUGAAAAUAGACGCAGAGCCUCAGCGUGAAGCUCCGCCUCUGCUCAGAGGUCCAUUCAGAUAUUCGGAGGACUUUUCCCGCGAUGAUGGGUCACAUAUGAACUGGUUGCAUUUCUAUUUUUAUCCCUCACCUGCCGCCAGGCCCGCGCUCACCUGUCUGCUGCAAACACGUGAAUCUGAAGGAGGCUGUCCGUCCUCCGUCCUCGGAGCUCUCAGGCUCAUUCGUCUCGUUCUCUCUUGUUUCUUCUUCUGAAAUCACAUCGUUGGUUUUGUUCCAGGAGACGCUGAGCUGAUGGAGUCGUGGUCCUGAGAAGGAAAUCGGCAGAAAUCGAACAUGUGCUGAAGACACCCGAAGACGAACAGACAUGAUCCCUUUAUCUCCCUGAGGAACUGACCAAUCAGCAGUCAGGAUGAUGCCCAAGCAGCAGCUGGCGCAGACGUCCCCGGGGAGUGUGUUGUCGCUCAGAGGCACCAGCGUCCCAGGAUCCCCUGCUGCUGCCAUCGUGGCCAGAGUGGAGGACGGGGUUAUCGGCUAUAAGGACUUGGCAGCCUUACCGAGAGACAAAGCCAUCCUGGACAUCGAGAGACCCGAUCUGAUGAUCUACCAGCCGCACUACAGCUACAGUCCUCUGGAGAGGUCCUUGUCUCCUCGCUCCAUCUCUCCUCCUCCCUCCCCAGAGAAUCUGUCCAAGGAGACACGGGAGUGGCUCGAGAGCCGAUCACCUGCAGGGUCCUCGCCUGGUUCCACCAUCCCGAGCACCAGAACCCACAGCACACACACCCCAUCAACGCCAAACACACCAACCACACCCAACACACACUCGUCUGGUACUGUGAAGAGCACCGUGCAGCAUUUCCACAGGCCAGAAAACGGUACCAACAUCUACAAGAAGCCUCCCAUCUACAAACAGGAUGUGUCGUCCUCCUCGGUCCCUCAGGGGAAACACAUCGAGGAUUUGAUCAUCGAGUCUUCAAAGUUUCCUGCAGCUCAGCCUCCAGACCCGAACCAGCCCUCCAAGAUCGAGACCGACUACUGGCCCUGCCCCCCCUCGCUGGCCGUGAUUGCAGAAAAGGAAUGGAAGAGGAAGGAGCAGAAAGUCGAGGAGGAGGAGGAUGGAGAGCUGGAUGAUGAGCUGUGGGGACUCAGAAAGCUUCAGAAGCAAGAGCUGAACAAGAUUCAGUCCAAUCUGGGCAAAAUCAUCCUGAAGGAGGAGCUGGAGAAGUCUGCAGCGCCUCUGAGGAGGAAAACACGCUCUUUACCAGAGCGCAGCCGCAACGCCGGGUCCAAUGCCUCCAGGUCCGUGUAUUUCCCAGCGUCCUCUAAGAGCGGCCUGUCCAGGCUGCGCUCGGCCGAGUUCAGCUCCUCGCAGAAACCCGCUGCAGGGCUUCAGAACGGGGACUCGAGGAUGGACAGAGGGAACUCUCUCCCCAGCAUGCUGGAGCACAAGGUUUAUCCCUACGAGGUGCUGGUGGUGACUCACAGAGGACGCAGUAAACUGCCCCCCGGUGUGGAUCGGACACAGCUGGAGAGGCACCUCUCUCAGGAGGAGUUCUUCAGCGUUUUCGGGAUGUCCAUCGAGCAGUUCGAUCGCCUCUCCCUCUGGAAGAGGAAUGACCUGAAAAGAAAGGUCUGUCUCUUCUGAAGCUGCUCGCCUCACAGUCCCUCGCUUCCAGCCGGCGGGACACGGAACCAAACGGACUCCGAGCGCCAUCAUCAGCCGACACCCUCACUUCAGUUUGUAGACACCUCAGGAGGCUUCAGGUUUGCAGAGAAACACGAGUGCUGCACACAUUAACGUCACCGUUUAUCUGCAAAACGUUAGCGAUGAAGGACGGAGCGAGCACAAAUAAUACAUCACAGAACGAGGACGAGUCUGCGGUCUGUGGCGGCUCGUGAUGGGUCGGCGCUCUCACAAGACCCUCUGCAUCCCAGCCACAGUCGGACAUCCGGCCAACAUUCCUGCUGACUCCGAGUCAGCUCCUGGACUGACAAACAAACCUGUUGCAAUCUUUAUACGAAGAAUUAAUCCUAUUGGCUUAGCCAGCUAUGAUGUCAUAGUGACAGCACUUCUUUCCAGCAUCAAAGAGAAAAACAAGCAGACGGUUUUAUCGCAGUCGCUCGACUUCAGU